GAAAAAGAAAAACCUCCAAAGCCACCACAUGUGAAACCAAAGGGAAAGAAACCCAAAACCAAGUAAACAGAAGCUAUAAAAAGGAGAAUAACUAAGCAUGGAUUCAAAGGAUCAAAGAAGAUUGGCUCUCCAACACACGUUUCAACAACUUCGAGAAGUCACAAACUCUAGUGCUAUAAACAAAGCCUCAAUUAUUGUUGAUGCCUCCAAAUAUAUACAAGAAUUGAAGCAAAAAGUUGAGGGACUGAACUCUGAGUUAGGAAUUGUUGAGUCCUCUUCCUCUCAAAUGGAUGAGCUACCUAUGGUGAGUGUGGAAACCCUAGAAAAGGGUUUCUUAAUUAAUGUGCUUUUAGAGAAGAAUAAACCUGGAAUGCUGGUGUCAAUACUGGAAGCUUUUGAAGAUUUGGGACUUGAUGUGCUUGAUGCUAGGGUUUCUUGUGAAGACACUUUCCAACUAGAAGCUGUGGGAGGAGAUAGUCACAAGGACGACAGUAUCAACGCGCAAGUGGUGAAACAAGCAGUGUUGCAAGCAAUCAAGAACACGGACGACUAAUCAAAACAAUGCUUACUAAUAAAUCCAGUGCACUCUUUUGUCUUGUUUUAUAAGCUUCAAAUUUGCACAUAUAUUUCCAAAUCAAACAAUUUGUGAUUCAUUCAUGUUAUGCCAAAACCUCAAUGGCCCUUAUUAUCAA